AUGGCUGAGCUUCUUCAAAAAGCCAAAUGGCCUAGAGAUCUUUAUCCAAAAGAUGGACUCAUUGAAAUUCCAAGUCACCCAACAUCAAUGGAUUAUGUUCAACCAAAAUUAGAGACUUCGGAAGCCACUUCGCUUCAUCAGAUGUUAAGCCCAAGUUUUGGGAGGUCCAAGCCCGACCCUCGAAAGUAG